AGAGGCUCACGGCGGCGGGGCUCGGCCUCGCAACGAGCGGAGCGUGCAGAGAGCCAAUCGGCGAGCGGGCCCGUUGAAAAAGAACCAAUCAGCGGGCGCGGCUGGCGGGAGAGGGGCCAAUGGCGAGAGGCGGUAGUUUAAAGGGUAUUUAAGGGAGGGCGGUUUGAAUUCAAACAGCCGCAGCGGUCGGAGGGAGCGGAGCUGAGGGCGAAGCUCUUCCUCUCGGGCAUUAUGGACAAGAAUACAAAAGAGAACCAUUCUCGAUGCUCUGGUCGCGCUGCCAAAGUUGCUAAUCCCAUUGAGGAUGGCCCAAAACGUGUUCCUGUAUCUCAGUGUUCCGCACAAAGCCGCGUACUCAACAGUGGCAUGCAAGCACGUGUUGCAUGUUCUUCAAACUUUGCCCAGCGAGUUCCUGUGCAAUCACAAAAACCUGUACUGUCAAACCAAAAACUGUCUCAUAAUCAGACAACCCAGCAGCCCCGACCAAGACUUCUGGCACAAACAACUGCUACGACUCAAGCUCCAAGCAAGAACAAUGAAAAACCUCCGGCUCCAGUACCUGCAAAGAGUACUGAAGGAGAAAGCACCUCUAAACAACAAAAUGAAGAAACAGUGAAAAAGAAAAAUGAAGAGACUAAAAAAAGGCAAUGGUGUCUUGAGGAUUUUGAAGUUGGUCGUCCUCUGGGGAAAGGAAAAUUUGGAAAUGUGUACCUGGCACGUGAAAAGCGGAGUAAAUUUAUUCUUGCACUGAAAGUCCUUUUUAAAACACAAGUAGAGGAAGCCUGUGUAGAACAUCAGAUAAGAAGAGAAGUUGAAAUACAAUCCCAUCUUAGGCACCCCAACAUUCUCAGAUUAUAUGGCUACUUCCAUGACUUUACAAGAGUCUACCUUAUUCUGGAGUAUGCGCCUCGUGGAGAAGUCUACAAAGAACUUCAGAAGCUUACCAAGUUUGAUGAGCAAAGAACUGCUACUUAUGUCACAGAACUAGCGGAUGCCCUAUCAUACUGUCAUUCAAAGAACGUGAUUCACCGAGACAUCAAGCCAGAAAAUUUGCUGCUUGGCUCAAAUGGAGAAUUAAAAAUUGCUGACUUUGGAUGGUCUGUGCAUGCUCCAUCUUCUAGGAGAACAACUCUCUGUGGGACACUUGACUACUUGCCUCCUGAAAUGAUUGAGGGAAGAACGCAUGAUGAAAAGGUGGACAUUUGGAGCCUGGGAGUUCUGUGCUAUGAAUUUCUUGUUGGGAAGCCGCCUUUUGAAGCAGCAACCUACCAGGAGACCUACAGAGCCAUUUCUAGGGUGGAAUACAAGUUUCCUCCAUUUAUAACACAAGGUGCAAGAGAUUUAAUUUCAAAGCUUCUCAAGCAUAACCCAUUCCAUCGACUGCCCCUGAAGGAAGUCCUUCUCCAUCCCUGGGUUACAGCGAACUCUACAAAGAUGCCCGUCAGCAGGAAGAGUGAUGGUGUCGCUCCAUCCAGAACAUAGUCUUAGCAGGGGUAACCUCAUGGGAUUGGCAAGAGGAGUCUUGUACUCUGACUACUGUCAUGCUUCCAACAGGAAAAGCACGUCUUGGGAUCCAAUGGCAAUCUUUGGGUUGGCUGUCAUCUUAAACUCUAACUGCAAUGGAAAGUUAUUUGACUUUUAGCUGGGGGUUGUGGAAUACUUAAUACUUGAACUCCAGUUACAUGUGGGCCAGGUUUGCUGAUCUAAGUAUUAAGCUGUUUAAGGCUUUUAUCACGUGGUCUGUCCUGGUAAUGGUUCAGUGUUCCAACAAGAUGAGGAAGCUGUGGCUCUCAUUUGUUGAACAGUGCAAUGUCCUGGAGACAUCUGCCUCCGAACUCGCUGGGCUGCUAAGGGUAUCGUACCUGUGGUGUCACCUGUGACUGAGUGAGGUGAAUGCAUUUCUGAGUGUCCUAAAAAUGAUGUGUCCAUUAUUUUGUCUAUUUUGUUUUAAGUGUAAGCACUCAACAUUAAAAAUAAAGAUUUGUUAUAUACUGCCA